GGUGAUAAAAUUCUGUUGUUGUUAUCUCAGGUCAAAUUGUCCAGUCAUUGUGCUGGCGGAUCGGGUUGUAGCUAAAGUUAUUCUGCAACUGUAAAAUGAAGGUUUUGUACCUGUGUCUUUUCGCGGCACUUGCUUUGGCAUCUGAUGCACUCGUCCGAAUUCCGUUGAGGAAGUUCCGUUCCAUCAGGCGUACCCUGACUGACUCGGGGAGGGCAGCAGAAGAGCUGUUGGCCGGGAAGGAACACACUAAGUACAGUAACCUGGGCUUCCCCUCCUCCAGCAAUGGACCCACUCCAGAAACCCUGAAGAACUUUAUGGAUGCUCAGUACUACGGUGAGAUCGGCCUGGGGACUCCCGUCCAGACAUUCACUGUGGUGUUUGAUACAGGCUCCUCCAACUUGUGGGUCCCUUCUAUCCACUGCUCCUUCACAGACAUCGCCUGCUUGCUUCACCACAAGUAUAACGGUGCCAAGUCCAGCACGUAUGUAAAGAAUGGAACGGCCUUCGCCAUCCAGUAUGGGUCUGGCAGUCUGUCUGGGUACCUCAGCCAAGACACAUGCACGAUUGGAGGCCUGUCCAUAGAGGAACAGGGGUUCGGUGAGGCCAUCAAGCAGCCUGGUAUAGCCUUCAUCGCUGCUAAGUUUGAUGGCAUCCUGGGCAUGGCCUACCCCCGUAUCUCUGUGGACGGGGUCGCUCCACCGUUCGACAACAUCAUGAGCCAGAAGAAAGUAGAGCAGAACGUCUUCUCCUUCUACCUCAACAGGAACCCAGACUCUGAGCCCGGCGGUGAGCUCCUACUGGGAGGAACUGACCCCAAGUACUACAGUGGAGACUUCCAAUACCUCAACGUCAGCCGCCAGGCCUACUGGCAGAUCCACAUGGACGGGAUGGCUGUGGGGAGCCAGCUGAGUCUGUGUAAGGGAGGCUGUGAGGCCAUCGUGGACACCGGCACGUCCCUCAUCACCGGCCCCGUGGCCGAGGUCAAGGUCCUGCAGAAGGCCAUCGGAGCAACCCCACUCAUCCAGGGAGAGUACAUGGUGAACUGUGAUAAGAUUCCCACCAUGCCUGUCAUCACAUUCAACCUGGGAGGACAGUCCUACAGUCUGACUGCAGAGCAGUACGUCCUCAAGGAGAGCCAGGCUGGUAAGACCAUCUGCCUGAGUGGCUUCAUGGGCCUGGACAUCCCCGCCCCCGCCGGGCCGCUGUGGAUCCUGGGAGAUGUAUUCAUUGGCCAAUACUACACUGUGUUUGACCGUGACAACAACAGGGUGGGCUUCGCUAAGUCCAAGUAGAACUACAACCAUGGCUACGUCCUCUUUCUCCACUAUCCAUCAUCUACCCUUCUCUUGAAGUCCAAGUAGAACUACAACCAUGGCUACGUCCUCAUUCUCCACUAUCCAUCAUCUACCCUUCUCCUGAAGUCCAAGUAGAACUACAACCAUGGCUACGUCCUCAUUCUCCACUAUCCAUCAUCUACCCUUCUCCUGAAGUCCAAGUAGAACUACAACCAUGGCUACGUCCUCAUUCUCCACUAUCCAUCAUCUACCCUUCUCCUGAAGUGUACACUUGUUCUGCACACUACUUGUCAUGGAUUUGGAGAAUUGGGAAGCAGUCAAUGUUUUGCGGUACGUUUUAAAGUGGAUGAAGAUUUUAGACAGGCAAAAUCAAAGUGUGGGGGAAAGACACUACUUGUAACUUGCACAAGCUUUCCGUUGCUUUAAUGAAAUCUUUUAAACUAGCAAUUAGAUUUGUGUCGAGUUCAAAUGCACUGAUCUAAACAAGCAUUAAUUAGAGUUAUUUGCUGUGAAAGUGAAGCAGAAAACAUGGUGUUGGAGGUACAGGAUCGGGAGUCAAAGAUGACUAUCAGAACAGACCGUUUGAGUGUUACCAUCUCUGAGUGAUCUGCUGUACGUGUUAAAUCAGGGACUUGUUUUUUUUAAAGCAACCGAACAAUGUAACAUUUUAAUUUGCGUUUUGUAGGCAAUGGACCUAUUGUCAAUUACUUUUAAGAUGUAUCUUCAAAUGAUUGGAUUCAAUAAAAUGAUUGUAAAAAGUGAA